AUGCUUUGUUGCGAUGCCAGACCCAGUCCUGAGACAGAAGAGCUAUUUGGGGCUCCAAGCUCCGGAGGAUAUGUCACUCGGAAACCCCAUGUGGUGCUCUCUACGAAGUACCAAGGUUUCUGGCUAAUCGUCUCCAAGCAGAUCAAGGCAGGUCUCGAAAAGGUUGGGUGUUCGGUUUACAAUCCGAACACGGAUAACGUGGAGCUAUGCAAGAAAAUGGAGAUUGAAGGGAAGGCAGAUGAUCGUUGGCUUCUGAGUUUCGAGGAGAACCUUGAUAAGGCCAAGGCCACCAGGGGUUUCUUGCUGCAAGUGCAGCAGGGUCUCAAGCGAGAGAAGACCUUCAUGCAAGAAGCGGAGGAGAAACUGGCCGGCUACAUCGAUGUGCCCAAGAUCGGACUUUAUGCCGUGGAAAACAUUCAGUUUCUGCCGGACUGCUUCCAAGGAGCCCUAGAGAAGGCCCAAGCCCAGUGGGCCACGGGCAUUCGAAGAGAGGUCGAGAUGGCCAGUGAAGUGUUUGAGGCCCUCCCAGGCCAAGAGCUCCCCAUCAAGGAUGGCUUCAUCACUGGCAAGGCCAAGUGCAUCUUCCCCGAGGGGUCGAUCUACGUCGGGGACCUCGAGCGAAGCAGGAAGCACGGUCGGGGCAAAGAGAUCUGGCCAGAUGGCAGCUCCUAUGAGGGCGACUUUGUCCAUGAGAAAGCGCAGGGGAGAGGGCUGCUCCGCUUAGUCAACGGCGAUGUCUAUGAAGGCGAAUUUGCGCACGACAAGAGGCAUGGGAAAGGCCUCUACCGCUUCGCCAACGGGAUGAGGGAGACGGGCUGGUCGCAAUGGGAUGAAGUAAUCGGCCUUGGAGUGAGACGUGGUCGCGGCUACCAAAAGCUCCAGGACGGAGCGGUGGUGAAGGAGGUGACCGAGGAGGAGGCCAAGCAGUUGGUGAAAGAGAAUGGUUUGCCCUCCCUGUGGUGA